GAAAAACAAGUUUGUUUUAGAAUGCCAAACAUGCUUUUUGUUAAGUUUUUGUUUUGUUUAUUUAAGAAUGGUACGUAAACUAAAAGCAAAAACAUUAAGACCACAGCUUGACAGGAGAGUGUUCCACAAUGGAAUGGAAAACCAAGACAUGAAGUCAAUAGACAGACUGCUGGUAACUUACCUUAGGCCUAUGGCUUGCCAAAUAUCACAGACUUCUUUUUUUCCCCCUCCGCUACAAAUGUGGCUCGGUUGCACCCUGACUGGAGGGAUUAAGAGGAGGCACAUGAUGGCCCAACCCGUGAUUUCACUGGGAACUCAAGCCAGUCUUAAUGAAUGAAUUUCCUUUUCUUUUUCUCUUGACACUGUGCUCGGGCACAAUCUACACAUAAUGGCAUCUCCCCGACUCGAGACGUUUUGUUGUCCGAAUCGAGAUGCUGCAACAGAAUUUGUUGUAACUUUUCAGCCUCUCUUCUUCGGUGCUAUCUGCAUAGGUAGUGCAGCUGUCAGCCUCAUAUUUUCUAUCAUACAAAUUUUACCAAAACGAAGAGGAUACAGGCGCCUUGGACAAUAUCCUCUCCCAAAACCUGCUUCAUCGUCUAGGAUAUUAUUCAUCAUCAGCGUGUGCGACAUUUUGGGAUGCGUAGGUAUAAUUCUGAGAUCAACCAUCUGGCUGGGCUUGCCCAACUUCAUCAGCCAGAUCUCUGUUGCCAAUAACAGCAAUGUGUGGCCUGAGGUCUUCUGUGUGGGCAGCGCGAUGUGGAUCCAGCUGUUUUUUAGUGCAUCAUUUUGGUGGACCUUCUGCUACGCAGUGGAUGUCUUCCUGGUGGUGAAAAGGUCUGCAGGUAUCAGCACCAUUGUGUUGUAUCACAUGAUCACAUGGGGUCUGGCUGUGCUGCUGUGUGUGGAGGGGGCGGCCAUGCUCUACUACCCAUCGAUCUCCAGCUGUGAGGAAGGGCUCCAGCAUGCCAUACCCCACUACAUCACUACUUAUGCCCCAAUGCUGCUGGUCAUCAUAGUUAACCCUGUUCUAUUUUCCCGGACUGUGGCAGCUGUUACAUCCUUAUUGAAGGGCCGGCAAGGAAUCUACACAGAAAACGAGAGGCGCCUGGGAACAGAGAUUAAAAUACGAUUUUUCAAAAUUAUGCUGGUGUUCUUUAUUUGCUGGUUGCCCAAUCUCGUCAACGAGGGUCUGCUCUUUUAUCUGGAGAUGCAGGAAGACAUCGAAGCCAAUAACCUGAAAAACAUUCGAAACGCUGUGCUCAUCACAUGGUUCAUUAUGGCCAUUUUGAACCCCAUGCAAGGGUUUCUCAACACGCUGGCCUUCCACGGCUGGACAGGCCUGGAUGUGGACCUGAGCCUGCAGCGCCGCAGGGAGCUGGGCUGGGACUCGGCCUCCACGUCUGUGCCCACGGCGGGGGGCUACAACCCGGUGGUGGGCUCCACCCUCUUCUACCAGGGCCACGUGCAGGAGGCCAAGAAGAGCAUGGCAGGCAACGGCCAACAGCAACAGCCAUCAGAUGGCGUCAGCGUCGUCUCAGAAGGUUCAGAGUCUAGUACAAUUGAAAUCCACAUUUCCAGUGAGCUGCGAGACUAUGAGGAUGUAGACGCGGACGGUGAGUCGCUGGAGAAUUCCACAAAACGCUAGAUGGGGCUCAGAGCUGAAUCACCAACCAGUCUGUACGGUCUUUGAAGUCGACGACCUUCCACACUUCCUUUUAGCAGUUGCUUUUCCAUUCCACCCAAAUACUCUGGCACUUACACCUCUUUUCAAGUACACAUCACUUUAUUUUUAGAUUUCCUUUCAUAGGAUUCAAUGGAAAUAUGUUCCCACACAACAGAGAUGCAGUGACUGGAAUAUUACGUCAGUACUUGGACUUAGCCAGAACCUUCACCAUCACACACUGGACAGUAUACAAUGUGUUAUAGUACCCGCCUGAUUAUAUACAGAAACAAACCAGAAUUGAUGUGAUACAAUGUUUAGUGAGCAAAUGUAACUCAUAUCG